AACGGCAUCGACAGCAGCAGCAAUAAAUACCUGUCUACCACUCACAUCCAUCGAAAAGGACCCCAAGGACGCCAAGCGCAAAAAACCACUGAACGAGCCCGCAACCAACCCGGCAGAGAAUACGGGAGACCCACCAGUCCCCAAAUAAUGUCAUUCCAGGAAAUCAUGGAACGCAAACGGCGCAAGAAGGCGGCCGAGGCCGCGGAGGCUGCAGGGGCUGCGGCAACAGCCACCAUGUGCGGUUCUAUGACACCAGAUAUGACAAAGACUGUGGCGCCAGACACUCCCGAGCUGCGGCCAGCCAGUGUACCGCCUCCUGUGGCUUCCACAGUGGCACCCAUGGUACCUGUGGGAUCAGCAGUUACCCCGGUGACUAAGCGGCGGAUGAGCUCUGAAAUCAGCGAUGAAUUGCCAAACAAGUGCACAAAGGUUGCUGUGACAGUGGAGCCUAUUGACUACCAGGCGUUAUUCGAGAGGGAGUUGCAGGAUAUGGAUGCAGUUCUCAGUGGUCCCUUGGAGAACUCGCCCGAGAAUGAUCGUAUUUCUCGCGCAGUCAUCAGCGACAAAUAUGUGUACAUGGAUAUUGCACAGCUCCUAGCAAACUACUAGCCAAAAUAAAAAACAACGUAAUAUUUUAAUAC